AUGUGUAGGCUCGAAGGGCAGUCUUAUCAUCGCCGGUGCAAAGGCUUUCUUCCUUUCACGCCGAAUGGCGAGAUAACUGCCAUGGCAGUGUCCUGGCGUUUGCGCUUGGCUGUGUUGGCUGCACUUCGCCUCACUGCGCGGGCGGCCACUUCACCUGCUCUCCGAGCAACUGCUCGCCAAGCUACUGCCGAUGGAUCUUCACAGGCCGACUUCCUCAAGAUCUUGCGUCGAAAGACUGCAACGCAGCAGCAGGCCACAGCCGCUGUGGAAGGACUUCGUGCCGGCGGGUACUUGGGCGGCGUGCGCGGCUACUCCUCUGCGAUUGUGGCCUCCAGAAGAGGGCGCAAGUGGGAGCUCGCGAUUCACCUCUUUGAUGAGAUGCUGGAGCAGGGCUUACGGCCUAGUGCCUCGGCUUUCACGGCUGCUGCUGAGGCCUGCCAGGAAGGCGACCAGCCCGAGCUCGCCGCGCGCGUGCGCGAGGCGGGGGCGGUGCCGGUGGCCAAGAAGACCAAGAAGGCUUCCGGCAAAGUCGUGGUGCCGUCUACUGCAUCUUCCGGGACGGUUCUUUACUCCAAGGGUGCGCUCUGCACUCGCUUCCGACAGAAGGAUGCCUCGGCCGAGAGGCUGGCGGAGGCCGCAGAACUUCUGCGAUCUGGAGGCCACUUCGAGGAGACGCUCAGUUACACAACUGCCUUGCGAAACUGCCACGGGCUGAGACCAGUCCGGGUUCCAGUGACGGGAGUGGGUCCUCGUAUUUCUCAGGCGAACACGGCCAUCACUGGGAAUGGGCUUCUCGAUGCCGUGAAACCGAACUGGUUCUGGCCGGCCCUGCUGGGCGCAUGUCUUGGCUGGAGAGCGUACAGAGGGGCGUUGGGUCGGGCGCCCGUGCCUGAUGAAACUCGACCGUUGCAGGUCGAAGAGGCCUCUCCCAGCGGAUCUUGCGAGUGCCCUCUUCAUAUCUUUGACAUGAUCUCCCUGGAGCCAGCAAGCGCGUGUCUACUAUCAAGCCUGGAUUUUCUUGAGGCUUGGAUGCUGCGAGCAGUGUGCCGUCAGAUGCAAGACUCGCUCAGCGAGAAAGCCAUGUUGACCAGAGCGCCGGAGAUGCGGGUGAAGAUCUCCGAGGACAGUCGGAACUUAGCCACAACUGCGGAGAUAUUUCUGAGUGUCCUGGCCUUUCCUCAACUCCUGGAGCAAGCAGAUUGUGCCGGGCAGACCCUGCUCAUGCGUGCAGCCCAUCUUGGAAUCCCCAGGCUCUGCAGGGCCCUGCUGGCUGCCAAAGCUGCAGUCGAUGCACGUGGGGGCAACGGAUGGACGGCCCUUCACUAUGCGGCCACCGGUAAGUCGUCAGAGACGUGCCAGCUGUUGUUGGACCACGGUGCCGACGUAGAAGCACGUUCGCGUGAUGGUCACACGCCCUUCUACUACGCCUAUCGAGCUGGCGAUGAGAAGUCGAUCAUGGAAGUGCUCCAUGCUCGAGGGGCCCGGCCUGACCUGCGGUCGCAGAAUGCCUGUGGGACUGCUGACUGUGGCUACCUGAGAUAUUCGACAAAAAGGGACCCCGUAGAGCAGGAUGUGGUGACCUUCAAUGUGGCCAUCGCAGCUCUGGGCCGAGGCCAGCAGUGGGAGCGGUCCCUUUGCUUGCUCGAUGGCAUGCCAGCUGCCAACAUCGAGCCUGAUUUCGAGACCUAUCAGGCGCUUUCCCUGGCUUGCAGUCGAAACGGUGAGUGGGAGAAGGCCCUCACCUUCUUGGCCACGGCGCAAGAGCUCGGGGUGGCAAACAGCGAGUCCUGGCACAUCGGCAUGAUGGCCUGUGCCGGAGCUGGCGCUUGGGAGGCAACGCUGGAGAUGCUGGAGUGUGCAGGCACCCCGCAGUCUCCGAAAGAUGUCUCCCGCGAUCUCAUGUGCUACGGAGUCGCGCUGUACGCUUGUAUGGAAGCAGGCCGCUGGCCGCAGUGCCUGUCCCUGCUUGAGCAGAUGCGCUUAGAUGAGGUCGAACCCGACAGCAUUGCGCUGGCCUGUGCAGCUCAAGCCUGCCGCGAUGGCAGGAACAAGCGGGCUGCAGAUGAGAUCCAGGACGAGAUGCGCCAGCGCAAGCUCGACUACAACGUUGCCGAGGUCCUGAACGAGGCCACCCUCGCCGUGGACUUCCCGGAGGUGCGAAGUCCGGUGCCCCUGGGAGCUUUGAGGCCCAUGGCGCAGAAGGAAGUGCAGCUCUUCAAGUGGAUCAGGCAGCGAGCCACUCCCGGAGACGUGCAGUCCGUGAUCAAGGUCAUCGAAGAGUUUGCAGAGGAGCGGAGCUGGCUCAAGAUCCAGGGGGAGCAGAAGAAGGAGCUUCUGGAGGCGACGCUGCGGCCCGAGGACCGCAUCGUUGAGUUCGGUUGUUACGUCGGCUACUCCUCCAUGGUCAUGGCGCAGCGAUUACGCGAACUCGGAGGGCGUGGCAGCGUCACCACAUGCGAAGUGGAUGCGGCCAAUGCGUACAUCGCCCGUGGUGUGCUGCAGUUUGCUGGAGUGGAGGGGGAAGUCCAGGUGCGGGUGGGGUGUGCCUGCGACUGGGUGGCCACUGGGCAGCUGGGCACCAUUGACUUCCUGCUCCUGGACCAUCGGGGCACGAUCUACCAUGAGGACCUUCACGCGGCUGAACCUAGCCUUUCCGAGACGGCUAUCGUUUUUGCAGAUAACGUACUGUACCCGGGCGCUCCGUUGUUUUUAAAUUACAUCGACGUCCAGGGCUACGCCAUAGAAAUCCACGAGCUCAAGGAGUUCAAGCGACCUGACCUUGAUGACUGGGUGGUGAUUUGCAAGCCACCCCCUCCCGAGAAGCGAAAGGAAAUGCCAACGUCUCAGGCAUGGGCAGUUCUCUGA